AUGCCACUGGAAACUCCGAGAUCUUCAUUUCUUAUCGACUCACUACUUGAAGUAAAACCCAAAAAGCAAUUCUGCCAGAAUGAAGAAGAUGGAGCCGAAGAAGAAGGUGACGAGGAGAACGCAGUGGAUGACGAGGAGGAGGAGGAGGAUGAGUGCUCAUCAUCGGAAAUGACCAGCGAGACGGACAUGGAGACUCCAGUUUCUACCAACAUCGCGUCGCAGGAUAAUAACAAUAUGCUAUCUCCACUUCAUCGUUUCAUCAAUUCUUCUAUGGAGCAGAAAUAUAUACAAUUUGUUAGAAGAAACAAUAUUUUAGUGAAACCCGAAAACAUUUUUCCUUUCGAGUUCCAGAAACAAUUCCAACUGGUCCAACAAGCUCUUCAAAUGAACGCAUUAAACAAUAUUGGUCAAAAUCUGGCAUUUCCUUUCGUCCAGCCUCUCAUUAAAAGUCAACCGAUUAUUCAAAAGCGAAUGCAUCCAAAGAGAACUUAUAAUCCAGAUCAUAGCCAAAGAGCGAAUACGAAAAAAUACAGAUGCGAUGUUUGCGAUAAAACUUUCAGCCGUAGCAACACUCUCAUAACCCACAAGAGGAUUCACACCGGCGAGAAACCAUUCAAAUGCGAACAUUGCGGCAGAGCAUUUCGUCAGCCGGGAAAUCUAACGCGUCAUCGUCUAACUCAUACAACGGUCAAACCUUAUGUUUGCGGACUUUGCGAUAAGGCGUUCAAUAGAGCAUCGAAUCUUCAUACUCACAUGCGAACACACACCUAA